ACCUCAAAUUCUACAAGUUAAAGAAGAUUUAGCUUUACCAUACGUAUUUGACAACUAAAUUUCAUUGUGUUCAACGUAACCAAUAAAAUUGGCCAGCACAUCCCAUUUCGUUUCGUCCGCGAAGGGAAUCAUGAACAGUCAUUAACGGUCAUUAAGCUCAUGAAUCGCAACACUGAAACACGCUAAAUCAUAUCAUAUAAUAUCCCAUGAGACAACCCCCAUACGUCAAAACUGCAUCAUGAUACGUGUAUUGUCACCUGCAUGGAUAUAUAUCGGAAAUGGUAUAAGCACGGUAGCUGGCCGAGUGUAUUAUUGCCGGGAUCAGAAAACGCGUGAGACUUUAUUCUGUAUUUGAGCAUAUUAGGGACUGUUAGGGACUUUAAGUGUAUGGGUGUUUCCGACAGUGAAAGUAGGUUACCGGUUGGUUGAUGUUGGAUGUUAAGUGAUGGAAUCGGGUGCAGUUAGGGUUAGGCAAGAAUUUGGUUCAGAAGGAGAAAAUUCUAUCCAGAAGUCGGAUCGGUUUGUGUCAAAAGUAAAUCCGAAGUAUUACAAACAAGCAUAUAGAACCGAAUGGGAAUCUAUGCCCGAUUUUAAGGGCUGGUUGAAGGGGGUACCAGGUGAACCAACCAGAGCAUACUGUUUGUUUUGUAAGAAGAGCCUUCAUGCCCAUAGACUGAGUCUUUUGAAACAUACGUGCACCCUUAAACACACCAGAGCUGCACAGAAGAAUUUUGCACUAAAGGAUGGAACAGAAGUAGAUGGAAAAGUAGCUAUGGAAGGACUGGGAACUUCUGAGGAAAUCCUAACACAGCCUCAUAUUACAGAAGUUGAAGUUGUUGAAAAUGUCGUAAUAGCUGAUGCUAAUGUUCCUGAAGAUGGUUCCACAGCAGAAGAUAAGGGUGGACUUCCUCAGACUGCUGAGGAAUUCGGUGAAGCCGCCAUUACACCAAAAAAAAGAAUGACUCGAUCUGAAAUGACCACAUCGCAAGUAGGAGGACCCCUUUCCACUCACGUUCUUGACACAGCAAGAGGUAAUCCAGUCGGUGGUCUUCAAGUCAGUUUGUACAAACUGAUUGAUGGUCGGUGGACACACAUCAGUGAAGGACUGACAAAUCCUGAUGGUCGCUACUCCAACUUCAUUCAAAAAGCAGACUUCACAGCAGGCCGUUACAAGCUUCACUUUGAUGUGGAUCGCUAUUUCGAACUGAGGAAGCUGGAGUCUCUGUAUCCCUUUAUUGAGAUUGUGUUUGAUGUAAAAUCUCCCCAAGACCAUUAUCACGUACCUCUGCUGCUGAGUCCUUUUGGUUACACCACAUAUAGAGGCAGUUAAUUGAUACUUAUUUGGUGAUGUGCAUCAGACAUGAACAAUUUUUUAGUGUAAAAAUGCAGUGUGCUGGGUCCAUUUUCAGAAAGCAUUCUCUAAAAUGCUAUAUAGUGCCAACAAGUACAUUUCACAUUCAG